AUGGGCUUCCGGAUAACAACAUGGAACGUCAACGGAAUACGGAAUCCCUUCGGGUACCAUCCAUGGAGAGACAAUCGAUCAUUCAAUUCCAUGUUUAAUAUCCUGGAAGCGGAUAUCGUUAUUUUUCAGGAAACCAAGAUUCAACGCAAAGACCUCCGCGAUGACAUGGUUCUUGUGCCCGGCUGGGACUGUUAUUUCAGUCUUCCCAGGCAUAAGAAAGGCUAUUCUGGAGUGGUAAUUUAUACACGGAAUGAAGUAUGUGCACCCAUCCGGGCAGAAGAAGGCAUCACCGGCCUGUUGUGUCCUCCAAGCACUACGACACCAUACCGCCAUUUACCGGAUGAUCAACAAAUAGGAGGAUAUCCAUCUAUGGAACAACUGAACGACUUGCAGAUCGACCCGGCAGUACUCGACUGUGAAGGACGAUGUGUCAUAUUGGAAUUUCCCGCUUUCGUUCUCUUCGGGUUGUACUGCCCUGCUGCGCGCGACGAGACGCGAGAUCAUUUUCGCCAAGGCUUCAUUACUUUGCUGGAUGCCCGCAUACGAAACCUUGUUGCCAUGGGAAAGAGGGUCAUUGUGACUGGGGACCUCAACAUUUCCGCUGGCGAAAUAGAUUCCGCACACCUUACAGAAGCUAUACGCAAAGGAACUGGAAGCGAAGAUGAAUUCGUCUCUGGCCCUGUACGCCGAGUCUUCAACCAAUUGGUCGAGGGGGCCAAGGUUAUAGGAAAGCGUGACUCGGGCAGAGAAGUUCCUGUUCUACAUGAUAUUUGCCGUUCAUUUCACCCUGAUCGAAGAGGGAUGUACACUUGUUGGGAAACGAGGGUGAAUGCACGGCCGGGAAAUUAUGGUGCGAGAAUAGACUACAUCUUGAGCAGUUUGGACAUAAAAGAUUGGUGGAGCGAGGGUAACAUACAAGAGGGUCUAAUGGGCUCUGAUCAUUGUCCGGUAUAUGCGGUAUUCAAGGAGAGGGUAUCUUUGAACGGCAAUGAGAUCGAUAUUAAAGAUAUUGUUAACCCUCCCGGCAUGUUUGAGAAUGGAAUUCGACAGCGUGAAUACUCAACAAAAGAUCUAUUACCCCUAUCCGGCCGUCUCAUUCCGGAGUUUACCCAGCGACGAAGCAUCAAGGAUAUGUUCACUCGCAAGCCAUCAUCAUCUUUCAAGGAGAAUAACAUAGCAAUCGACGAUGCUGUAAAUGAACUCGUUCCGGUGGCAUCUGAGUCUGCCUCGACGAACUCGCUUGAGUCUUUCCGGAGUCCAUCCAAAUCCGAGUUGUACAGAUCACAAUCAAACUCCGAGCGAGCGUCCAAUACUCCCCCAAAUGGCGUUUCCAAACGAGUGCGCAAAGAGAGCGCACCAGCACCACCUCCCAAGCGCAGUAAAUCUGGAGGCAAGUCGGAUCCAAACAUGUCAGGAAAGGGACAGCAAAGCCUCAUGGGCUUCUUCAAACCGAAGAAAACGCAAGAAGCCAGUGCCUCUAGCUUGGAAGAAGCUUUGCAAUCCAGUCGUACAAAGUCUAUACCAUCUGUAUUAGCUUCACCACAGAAGCCUGUUCCAACCUCUCGGGUAACCGACCAAGACAACAGCACAGCGACGGAUUCAACGGACGAGACUGUGAUAGAUCCAAUAGUCAGCAAGGAGUCAUGGUCGAAACUAUUUACCAAGAAAGCGAUGCCGAGAUGCGAAGAUCAUCAAGAACCAUGCAUCAUGUUAACAACGAAGAAAGCGGGUAUCAAUUGUGGUCGAUCUUUCUGGAUGUGCUCACGACCGUUGGGUCCCACUGGACAAAGUGAGAAAGGGACCCAAUGGCGAUGUAAGACGUUCAUUUGGGCGAGUGAUUGGAACGGGCAGGAGUGA